AUGCUAGCUAGAGCCCGUCUUUGUUUGGCAUCGCGCGUCCAGCGCCCAGCGGUAUCGACUGUACGCUUGAGCUCGCGCUUCAACUCCACCGCCUCGUCCUCCUCCCCUGGCUCCAGUUCCAGCUCGAGUUGGUCGUUCAACCCCCACCGAGCCAUUCUCGGCGGCCUCACCCUCGGCGCCAUACUCUACGCCACCCUCGCGCAGGAGACCCAGCUCGACGCUCCCAAGGAGAGGCUCAUCACCUACGCCGAAGUGCAGAAGCAUAACUCUCAGGACGACUGUUGGGUCGUUAUUGGAGACAAGGUGUAUGAUUUGACCAAGUUCGCCCACAUCCACCCCGGCGGCUCCACCCCAAUCCAUAAAGUCGCCGGCCGCGACGCAACAGUGAUCUUCACACCUAUUCACUCCCCAGGAAUCAUAGAGGACCGCCUAGACCCCUCCGCUCUUGUAGGCUCCAUCGACCUGGCCACCCUACCUCCGCGACCUGUCAUUCCAGAAACCAGAUCUGACGAUGACCAAAUCCCGCUAGACGAAAUCAUAGGCCUCCCAGACUUGCACGAAGCAGCGAAACGUAACAUGUCUUCCAAGGCAUGGAGCUACAUCUCAUCCGGAGCCACCGACGAACACUCUCUCGACUUGAACAGGAGAGCGUGGAACUGGAUCCUCUUCCGGCCUCGGGUUUUGGUGGAUGUAGGAGAAGUGGAUACGCGCACGUCGAUUAUGGGGUGCGAGACUAGUUUGCCGAUCUUUAUUGCGCCCACGGGGAUGAGUAAGCUCGCCGGGAUCGAGGGGGAGCCAGGACUAGCGGCGGCGGCUGGAGAAUGCGAUAUUGUCCAAAUGAUCUCGACCAACGCCUCGGCAUCCCUCGAAGCCACUGUCAACGCUGCAGGAGCGCCCCAAAUCAUGCAGCUCUAUGUCAACAAGCAGCGAUCCAAUUCCGAGGCCCUCCUGCACAAAGUCACCUCUCUCGGUCUCAAGGGCGUCGUGGUGACGGUCGACUGCGCGUCCCCCGGCAAGCGCGAGGCGGACGAACGUAACCGCGCCACGGUUGAGGCGUCCUCGGGGUUGGCUGGAGGUGUUGCGGGGCGGGAUAAGAAAGGCGGCGGGGUUGGACGCACCACGGGGGCGUAUAUCGAUCCCCGGCUCAAGUGGGAAGAUCUGGCGUGGAUUCGGCAACAUACCUUCCUCCCCAUCGGGGUGAAGGGAAUCCAAUGUGUCGAGGACGCGGUACGCUGCGCCGAUAUGGGAGUAGACGCCAUCUAUCUCUCCAAUCACGGCGGUCGGGCGCUUGAUACUUCCCCCCCUGCGCUAUUCACCCUACUCGAAUUGAGAAGAUUGAGACCGGACGUGUUCGACCGGUGCGAAGUGUAUAUCGAUGGUGGUGUGAGGAGGGGUACAGAUGUUGUCAAAGCACUCUGUCUCGGCGCGCGGGGCGUGGGUAUGGGCCGGCCGUUCCUUUACGCCCUCACAUAUGGUCAGGAAGGGGUGGUCCACGCUAUCGAUAUCAUGCGGGACGAGAUCGAGGUCACGAUGAAGCUCCUCGGCGUGACCAGGCUCGACCAACUCGGUCCACAUCUGCUCAAUACCAAGGUGCUCGACCAAAUGGUGAUUGACAAGCUCGACUAUGGCCCGAAGGAGGGCUAUGUUGGGUAA